AUGGACUUCAAGAUUGGAAUCAUCGGAGGAACUGGUCUUGAGGACCCGAAAAUAUUUAAUAAUGUACAGGAGUACAAGGUGAGUACACCGUUUGGUUCUCCAUCAGAUGCUCUUGUCGAAGGGAAAGUUGGCAAUACUACCUGUAUUCUUCUGUCACGUCAUGGUCGGGAACACAACGUAUCUCCAACAAAUAUCAAUUAUCGAGCAAAUUUGUGGGCCCUUAUGCAGCAAGGAGCAAAAGUCAUUUUGUCUACAGCAGCAUCCGGAAGUUUAAAAGAAGAAGUCACACCGGGUUCAUUUGUGUUUUUGGAUUCCUUCAUUGAUAGAACAUUCAAGCGUGAAAUAACAUUCCAUGAUGGUAAGAAUGGCCAUCCUAAAGGUGUAUGUCACAUUCCCAUGUAUCCAGCGUACAAUGAAAAACUAAGACAGAUCUUAAUUUCAUCUGCUGAAGAACUCAAAUACAAAAUUUUCAAAACCGGAACGGCAAUAUGUAUUGAAGGACCGCGAUAUUCCUCUCGAGCUGAAAGUGAAGUGUACCGUGGCUGGAAUGCUGAUAUUAUCAAUAUGACCGUUUGUCCAGAAGUUUAUCUGGCGAAAGAAUUGGGGAUUCCAUUUGCAACAACUGCUAUUGUAACGGAUUAUGAUUGCUGGAGAGAGGGUGAAAAGGUAUCAGUUGAUUUGGUGGCUCAAAGAAUGCAAGAAUCUUCGGAUAAAGCUAAAACCCUUUUCGUUACCGCAAUUAAAAAAAUUGGAGCAAUACGUUGGGAUGAUGAAAUAAUAAUGGCUAAGAAAACGGCUCGAGCAGGAGUGAUGAUUGAAGAACACGUGGUUUUCGAUCAUUUAAAAUACUAA